CGCCAUUUCCGCAAUAGGACGGAAGGAGGGAGGAAUACUCGACGGCGGGAGAUAGAGAGAGAGGUAUCAUCAAAGGCGUGCGACGCCAUGGCGAACUCAUCCCUCCCCAACGACGAAUACUGGAACUCGACGCUCUGGCGAGGCCCAGAAAUAACCGAGACUAUCUCGCUGUCAGGUAUCAACAUAACGACAUGGACAAUAUUUGGGGCCGCAUUUGUGGCAGUUGGUCUCAGACUCUUUUCCCGGCUUGUCAUGAGAAGGGAGCGGCUCUCCGUCUCGGACUGUUGGAUGCUGCUAGGCCUCGCUUCAGCGCUCGGCUCCCUGGUUCUCAACACCAUUGCUGCCGGUAUCUUGUACACAGGCAGCGGUCCCGACGAUCAGGAGUCGCUAUUACUACUCAAGAUACAAUUCGCCAACAAUUACCUUUACGAUCCCGGGUUGUACUAUUCAAAGUUCUCCCUUUUGUCCUUCUAUCUCUCGCUCAUCCCCAAGACAAGCACGCGGACGCGGUGGGCGCUGAACGCCAUCGUCAUCAUCACGGUCUGCGGCUUCGUCUUUGCUGUUCUCGCCGAUACGUUUUGGUGCGGCCCCGACCCCGGCAAGAACAUGGAGCAGCAGCCCGGACAAUGCUCCGUCCUGACAUCGUCGGACCUCUUCUACACCGUCUGGGGGGUGCACUUUACUAGCGAGGUCCUGAUCUUCCUCUUCCCGUUCCCAGUGAUCACGCGCAUAAAGCUCGAGGCCAGGGCCAGGGUCGCCCUCUGCGGGCUGUUCGGUCUGGGCCUGCUCACGCUGGGCAUGAGCAUCGGGCGUGUCGCCGUCUUCGCGCGUCUCAUGAGAGCGACCAGCGCUGCCGAAGGCGGGGAUAUCAACAGGAUCUUGUUCGUCCUGUACCCGGCCGAGCUCUGCACGUCGCUCAUCGUGAUCGGCCUCUCGGCCUGCCGCCCGUUGCUCACGCGCGUCGCGUGCUCCAUGCGCCGCGCCUGGGCGCCCUUCGCCCGGGCCCGGCCGCCGCCGGCCGCCUCGGGCAGCUCGGGCAGCUCGGCGCCGCAGAUUGCGACCAUCGGGUCCGGCGGCGCGGCCAAGGCCAGGCACGGCGACUCGCAGUGGCUGGCCGAGACGCGCCUCGAGGAGGGCGACUGCUGCGGCGAGGAGGGCCGGGGUGCACCGCCGGCCGAGGGGUUCUUUGGGGCAGACUCCUCGGGGCGCAGCGCGACUGACUACGGCUCGACGAGUAUGCUCGUCAUGGACCCCAUUUUGAUGGAGGACCUCGGGCGCCAGCCGAAGCCAGCAUAG